ACCAUAGGCGUGACAUGUUUCUGUUGGAAAUCAUCGGGUCAAUUCUACCACCAAACUGUAUCAGCAAUAACAGCAGGCGGAAUAAUAAACAAGUGGGAUAAUAAACUCUUAGCUGUGAUUUGUGGGAUUAAUGGAUUCCUACAAGCGCUUCAGUGACGAAAAUUACAAACACUGGCUUCAGGCGGCUGAGAGUCUGCACAUACUGAGGAGCCACAUUCGGGAGUUUGUGGAAAACGAAACCGAAAAAUAUCACCGGUCUCUUCGGCAAAAGUUAAAGAACGAAAUUUGUGCAUCCGAAUGUAGUCUCCAAAAAUGCCCACCAAGACCAAAAAAGUUUCCAAUUUGUGAGAAGUGUGAGAAGUGGAAAGAUGCGAUCUUGAAUAAUCAUAAUAACAAGCAUAAUGACAUACAUUGGAAAAACUGCCAGCCACAGCUAUGGCCUACAGACAAAUGGGAAGUGGCCAAGGCUUAUAUGAUACGUGGAACAAAAGAUCAUCACAGUUUUGAUCAGUUUGACAUUUCUGCCAUCCUGAACUUCAUGACUCAGUGCAAGCACUUUAAAGCCUUUACAGAGGGCAAGUACCUAAUCCAGGUCAUCACUGUGAGAAACAAACUGAUGCAUUCUCCUGACUUCACGUUAAGCAAAAAGGAGAUGGAUGACUGUAUAAAUAAUGUUCGGGAGCUGGCUAAGGUUCUUGAGAAGCAUGCACCGGGACUAAAAGACGUAUCAAAAAAUAUAGAGGAGUUUAGCAGCAUUUUGGAGAAGUGUAGUGGACAGGUUUCCAAAAGUACAGCAGACAGCAAGGAAUCCAGACUGAAGCUUCUAGACAGAGAACAAGCAGCCCUGAAAGAGAAGAUUGAGUUACUGGCCCAAUGCUUUGAAGAAGAUCAAGACACAGAGCUUAAACUUCAGGAAGAGAUGCAGGGCAUGAAAAAUUUCCUGGACCAAAACAAAGAUUUGCUGGAGAACUUAGGCCCUCAAGUAAACCGGCUGAAGGAAAUACAAGAGAAGGUGAACAAGCAUGAACAGGAUAUCAACAAACUGAGCAACAGGGUGGACCGGCUGGAAAGUGAUGUACCCGACCAAGUGUUCAGUUGUGAUGUACUUAAAUUCAAGAAUCAUGUGUUUGAAGAGGCUCGAAGAAGGAACAUGCCAGAUCCUGAAUUUACAGAGGAAUGUGAAGCGAGUGGUUACAGGGGUAUUGUGAAAGUGAAUGGACGUACAUUUAGAGGUUUGGAGGUGUGUAAUAAUAAAAGAACUGCCCACCAAGAGGUUGCUAAGAUAGCCCUGACAUAUAUGCACUCCCACCCUGAAUGGAAAGAAGAGACAACUGAAACCACUUCAUCAGUAUCCUCAUCUACAUCAUCCUCAAGCACUGUCCAUUAUGGUGUUGUGACUGUGUUCCUUGACAACCAACAAGUAACGUCUGAUUGGUGUGCUCAAAAUGAGGAAGCCACUGAAUCAGCUUACAGGAAACUAGCCAGUCAGUUUGGCCUGACUCCUCCUAAAGCAGGUAAUACUUUUAAGACAACAGUCCUGGAGAAUUUUAAGAGGUGUAAUUUCCCAUCACCAUUGGAACUCCCAGUUCACCAAGAUGAUAAGACCUUAUGCAAACUCCAGCUCAGUGGCUCUUUCACUUUUUACGACAAAGAUGGCUCCUCAAAGAAGAAACAGGCUGAACAUCAGGCAGCUAAGAUUGCCGUGCAAAAUUUGUCAGGGAUCAUUAACUGCAGGUCUCUGGCCAAUGCUGGUGACAACUGGAUAGGAUUUCUGAAGGAACGUGUAGAUGCUCUUGGUCUGAAGCAACCUGAGUAUGAUUUUUUAAGAAAAAAAGUAUGCAUCAGUCAAGAAACUGAGCGUCCCACUACCAGUGAAGACAGUUCACACAAAGUAAUUAGCAAGAAUGAUAGCCUUCAAGCAAAGAACAGUGUCGCUGUGGUCCAGGAUCUACCUACAGCAGACACAGUCAAUGUUGUUGACUGUCAGGAGAUGAAAACCCUGGACUCCAGUCCUCCAGAGAUGCCCAGCCAAGCCUCCGGAAGGGAUUCUACAGGCACUGUCUUUUAUGGUAUUGUGACCGUGUCCCUCAACAACCAAGAAGUUGUGUCUGAUGAGUGUGUUGAAGAGGAAGAAGCCACUGAAUCAGCUUAUAGGAAACUAGCCUGUCAGUUUGGCAUGACUUCCCUUGAAGGUAAAACAGCAGUGUUGGAGCAUUUUAAGAGAUGUAAUUUCCCAACACCACGGGAACUUUCAGUUCGUGAAGGCGAUAAGAUCUUCUGCAAACUCCAGCUGACUGGGGAUUUCAUAUUCUCUGAUAAAGUUGGCGCUUCAAAGAAGAAACUGGCAGAACGUCAGGCAGCUAAGGUAGCUCUGCAACAUUUAUCAGGACUCUUUAACUGCAGUUUUGAGGCUGAAGCUGACAAAAACUACAAAAGCUUUCUGAAGGAACGUCUAGAUGCUCUUCAUCUCGAAAAUCCUGUGUACAGAUGCAAAGUAAAGGAAGGAAUCAGUGAAGCAGAGGGUCCCAGUACAAGUGGAGAUAAUUUACACUCAUCCUGCACGACAGCCAUUAGCAAGAACUUUUGUCUUCAACCAAAGGACAGCAUCAGUCCACAGUGUGAUGCAAGUCUUCCAGAGAUACCCAACAAAUCUCCCAAGAUGGAUAAUACGGCCAUCAACACACUUCUAGUAUUGUUUAAUCUCAAGCCUCCAUCUGUAACAGUCGAGAAUGUCAGGACUGAGAAGGUUUUCAGCUGUCAUGUGGACAUAAACUUGGAAAACUUCACGUUUCAAAACAAAAAUGAAUACAUUGCCAAGAAAGAUGCCAUUCGUAAAACCUAUGUCUUACUUGGGACUGCAUUGGGAAUUUCCAAAUCAAAAUUAGAUGAAAACAAUGCUUCCAUGCUGGUGAAACAAGAUUUUUCCCAGAAGUCUCUCACCCUUCCGAAGGAAGUGUUUGAAGACAACAAGUGUUCCAUUACUGAUAUAACCUACAGUUUCGUCUAUGAUGGAAAAGGCUCCACUGAGGCAGAAGCAAAGCAGGAUGCCCUGCAGAAAGCCCUGGACAUGCUAACUUUGCUCUUUGGGUUCAAGUCUUUGCCAAAGUGUCGCACAGUUGAGGAAACAGAGGUUCAGAUUAAUAAGUUACUGACAACAAAAGAUCAAAAAGACCUCAUUUAUUCACUCAAAUGCAACCUAUAUAAAAGCUCAGUUGAGCUCCUGUUCAAAGAUUAUACCAUGGAGAGCACACACGAAAAGAAGAAAAAAGAAAAUAUUAAUCAUCUCAGUAAACGCAUUCUGGGUCUGCUAGCAGUGGAGCCAGAACCAAAUAGUGUAUCUUUAAGAAACUGUCUCGAUGAGUGGUUUAAACGGAAGAAUCUGGAGCAGCCUGUGUUUGAGAACACUGAGGAGGUUCAUGGAUCAAAAGUCACAUUUUCUGUCACAGUUUCCUGCUCGAAUCCAAACUGGGAAAGCAGCAUGGAAGUUGCGGAAGAAAAGUUGGUCGAUGAACUCAAGAAAAGGUUAAAUUAUCUGACUGAUGAAGGCAAAGAAUAGUAUGAGAUUUGGUACAGAUUUUUUUUUCAUACGUCUAACUGUUCUUGUGUGAAUGAUCAUUUUCAAAGAUGACAGUAAUUUAUAAUGGAGGCUUAACUUUAUCAUGGGCAUCAUGGGUCAUGACUAAAGAUACUUUUUAAUUAUUAUCAAUCACCAGCAAUUUGGAUGAUGUAUUUCAGUCUGGGGUGGGUUUCCUGAAAUGUUUCUAAUGCUAAGUAAGUCAUUCUAUGUUGCUAAGCUAAGCUCAUUCAUAAAGUUCUUGAACUAGAAUUUCCUGAAAAAGCUUCAACGUUUCAACUAACAUAGUACUAAACUUGUUCAUAAAUCUACAGCAGCUUACAGUAUUUUACAGCUUUUCAUGAUUCUACUAGUGAGCCAACAUCACCAUCCGGGCAUGUCAAAAUAGCGCAAAUUUUUAAACUUAUCUGGUGAUUUUGUCAAUAUCUUGAAUUCUGUUGGUCGUUCAGACAUCAGAUGAUGAUACAAAGUCCAUGAAAUGUAGUAGUUUAAGCCAAACUAUUACUUUUAUCACCGUUGUAUUUUAAAGUGGGCUCUGUAAGCCUCUAUCAUUUGCAUUUGGAAUUUUUUUUCCCCAUGUCAAAAACCCCAUAAUAAAAAAUCUGGCCUUCUGCAGUGAGUUUUAGACAGAUAGCAAACAGGUUUGUCUUUAUAUCUGCCAAAUUUCAUGUGGCAUGGAACAAUAUUUCUGGAGAUAUGAAAUCCUAAACAUGAUUUAGCAGAUGUCUUUUUAAUUAGAAAACAUGAUCUUAUUUUCAGGGGCGUAAAAAAAACAAAUGCGAUGCUACAAUUCAGCCAAAAUACAUUACAGACAUUAAAGGGGAACUCCAGUAUUUUUUAACCUGGGGUCAUCUUUCCCAUCUUUUUGGGUUCAAAUUUUUACAGACCAAAAUCAGACCAGUAUUGAGUUAGAACACUAUAAAUGUAAACUGUCUACACAUUGUAACUCUAGGGUGGUACAGUGGUGUAGUGGUUAGCACUGUCGCCUCACAGCAAGAAGGUUCUGGGUUUGAGCCCAGUGGCCAACGGGGGCCUUUCUGUGUGGAGUUUGCAUAUUGUCUGUGUAGGUUUCCUCCGGGUGCUCCGGUUUCCCCCACAGUCCAAAGGCAUGCAGAUUAGGCUCAUUGGUGGCUCUAAAUUGAGUGUAGGUUUGAAUAGUUGUUUGUCUCUAUGUGUCAGCCCUGCGAUGAUCUGGCGACUUGUCCAGGGUGUACCCCGCCUCUUGCCCAUAGUCAGCUGGGAUAGGCUCCAGCUUGCCUGCAACCCUGCACAGGAUAAGCGGUUACAGAUGAUGGAUGGAUUGUAACUCUAUGGGGAAAACAUCAACAUCAAAGUAAACUGAUUGUUUUCACCACUAUCAGGCUUGGAGCACCCCAUUUGGUGCCUGUGGUCAACAAUUUUUCAGAAGUUCUCUGCCUCAGAGAUGAAAUUGGCUGCUUGUUAUGUAAUUUGGUGUGUUGAAUUCAAAUAUGACAAUUAAAACAGCUGAUUGGCAACGUCUUUUAAGAUAUUUAGAAUUGUACAUUUUAUACUUAUGUACAUUGUGCAGAUAGUAAUGUUUUAAGUAAAAAUUGUAAACCUAGGUCUCUUCAUGUGUUUAUGGUUGGUUUACAUGAUAUUUCACCUGUUCUCUUUAUGUAACACUAGAAAAUCAGCAAAAAGUUUGUCCAUCCAUCCAUCCAUUAUCUGUAGUUGCUUAUCCUGUUCUACAGGGUCGCAGGCCAGCUGGAGCCUAUCCCAGCUGACUAUGGGCAAGAGGUGGGGUACACCCUGGACAAGUCGCCAGGUGCAAAAAGUUUAUAUAAAUAAAAUGCAUUAUGAACCAAAUGGCAAAAAAACAAUUAUGUAUAAGUACUGAAUAGGUUUAGUCCUUAUUCAGUGUGUACUCAGUGCUUUUUGGCAGCUUGUCUCUUGUAUUCAUGAAACGGAGCAUCUCUUGUCAAGCAAAGACUUAAUCUCGAGUGCGUAGCACUGUAUGAUUUUUUUUUUUAGCUGAUUAUAGGGCAAUUUAUUCAGCAGAGUGCUGUAAGUUGACUUAUGAUUGCAUCAUCAGUGACUUCUAGAAAUAACCUGAUAUCAUGUAUGACACAAUCUGAAGCUGGUAUUGCAUCAUUCAUUGUUUUACCAAAAAAGUAAGUACUAUCCAAACCCAAUCAUAGAUUUAUUCACAGAGCCAACCUUGAAAACUAAAGUCAAUGAACAGUUUUAAAUUUAAUUUUCAUUCUCAGCGACCCAGAAUUAAUAAAGUUUGACUAUAUUUAUUUCGAAAGCAUUUUGGCUGUAGACCAGUGUUAUCGUUCGAGAGCUGUUUUCUGAUGUUUACAAAAGAAGUCAUUCAGAAUUUGUGAAGUAGUAAUCCUCAAAUAUUUGACAAUAUGGAUGAGACAUCUGAAUCUGAUGGCCGUCCCUAUUUAUUUGAGACAGAAGCUCCUGUGCUAUAAUCAACUACAGGCCCUGAGUAGGUUGCUACAUCAGUGACCAGAAGAAAAGCAACUAGUAUAAUCAACAAUAAACACAAUAUAAUUUGGACAAAAAUAAACACUUAUUUAAACCUCAUAGUUUACUAGUUAGCGAGGUCAAUGAGUCAGUAGUGAGAGCAACCCUUUCUGGCUUUGAUAGGAUGUCUUUAAGUAAAGAAGCAUUAAUUUCAUAUAGGGCGUCUGUCCUUGUGGUGAUUGUCUUCUGAAAAGGUACAUUAUACUGGGGCUCAAGGUAAUUCAUUAAGUGUUUACUGUACUUUUUUGAAGACACUGUUAACCAUAGAGCUAGUGCUAAAGCUUUGGCCAAGAAGAAUCUCCUGCUCAAGAGUCUCUGAAAUGAUUGUCAUCUGUUCAGUUUCAGUAAAUUGUAAGUUCCCACCCCAAUGCCACUCUAACCAAUCAAUCAAUUUUCAAUGUAUUUUAAUGAAUUUUUUUUUAAUAAAUAUUUGGCUCCAUUUCUGGAAUGAUUUAUGUUGUGUUGUACGGUAAUGGACUUUGAUCAGUGUAAAAUGUAUUUCAUAAAGUUGCAAGAUUAAAAAAAAUUUAAUUGUUAAA